UUGUUGGUACCCCUGUAAAUGCUGUAAUACGCUUUCCGUCCGUAAUCAAUUAAAGUGAGGGUUUUAGCUUUGAGCCUAAAGCCUCUGCUUCUCCUCCUUCUCCUUUUCCUUCUUCUCCUUUUCCUUGUAUAGUACCGAUGUUGACACUCACUUCUCCUUCCAUGGCCUUAUCCAUGGAUUCUCUUCCCAAAUUGCGCCACCCUUCCCCAUUUCCCACUCCCUUAUCCUCUUCCAUCUCCUUCCGAUCUUUGCCGCCACCUCACUUUCCCUCUUCCUCCUCCUCCUCGUUUAGGUUACACUCCAUCAGACCCUCCUCCCAAAACCACCCCUCGUUUCGCACCCCCUCCCUCCCCCCUCUCCUCCAAACCCUAACCUCCUUCCUCUCCCCCGUCGUCGAAACCACCUGCAUCGUCAUCGCCGCCGCUGCCUUAUUCUUCAUGCGCUUCCACCACACACCCCCCGCCAUCGCCGCCCCGCUCACUCCCCCCGCCGCCGAGUCCGACACCGCCUUCACCGAGGAGGAAGCCGAGAGUCUUCUCGAAGAGCGUCUCAGCACCAACCCGCGCGACACCGACGCGCUCCACGCGCUCAUGGAGGUCAAAAUCAGAGCGCGUAAAAUGGACGAAGCGUUUGGGGUUUUAGACCGUUUGAUUGAGCUUGAACCGGAGGAGCUGGAGUGGCCGCUCCUGAAGGCGAACAUGCACAUCUACAACGACGACCACGCCAGCGCGCGCGAACUGUUCGAGGAAAUCCUCAAGAAAGACCCGCUCCGCGUGGAAGCGUUCCACGGCCUCGUCAUGGCGACUUCGCAGUCCAACGAGCCCUUGAAAGGGUUAUUGAAGAGGGUGGAAGAAGCAAUUGAGGUGUGCAAGAAGCAAAAAAGGGAUUCCGAUGUUAGAGACUUCAGGCUCUUGAUUGCGCAGGUUAAAGUCAUGGAAGGGGAUUUCUCUGAGGCGCUUAAGGCUUAUCAGGAAUUAGUCAAAGAAGAGCCUAGGGAUUUUAGGCCUUACUUGUGUCAGGGUAUUAUAUAUACCCUCCUUAGGAAGAAAGAUGAAGCUGAUAAACAAUUCGACAAGUUUCGCAGGCUUGUUCCAAAGGACCACCCUUACAAGGAUUAUUUCGAGGACAACAUGUUCGCCACCAAGUUCUUCUCGCAGAAAUUGGAGAGGGAGGGAGCUGGUGCCAGGGGCUGAGAAAGGUUAUCGCUCGUGAUUGUGACAGAGGUUAAAACACUGUUACUUCUUGUCGUGUCGUGUUGCAUUUCGGAUUGGGCUUUCUGGAAUGUAAUGGGACAUAGCAGAAAGUAAUAAUGGGAGUGCAAGAAGCAACAUCCUAAAUAAAAUGGUUAUAGUUUGAUGGGUCUGUCACAAACGGUCUGAAUAUUAUAUCUAAACUUGUGGUUAUGUUGAGAAAAUUUAAGCCUGAAUGUGUUUCGGCCCAUCUUGGCCUGAUUUGGUUGAGCUAGGGGUUGGGCCAAUUUAUUGGUCCUGUAUUUUUAAUUAUUUGUUAAUCAUUAAUAAUUAAUUUAAAUAUAUUUUUGGUUCUUGAAAAA